GGAAGAUGGCGCCGUGAGCGGGUCGGAGCCGCCGCCGCCCCCGGCCGCUCGAGGGACAGCCCAGCAUGGCUGCCACUGCUGCUGUCAGCCCCAGCGAGUACCUGCAGCCCGCCAGCGCCAACGCCCAGGACUCGCAGCCGUCCCCGCUGGCCCUGCUGGCAGCCACAUGCAGCAAGAUCGGUCCCCCCGCUGUGGAGGCGGCCGCGGCGCCCCCGCAGCCCCCGCAGCCCGCGCCGCGCAGGCUGGUGCCCAUCAAACCCGCCCCGCUGCCCCCGGGCGCCGCCAAGGGCGGCCUCGGCCUCCUGUCCUCCAAGGGCAGCCUCUUCCAGAUCCAGGGCUCGCAGCUGGGCGCCUCCUACCCCGCGGGACAGCUGGUGUUCGCCAUCCAGAACGCGGCCGUGCUGGGCAAAGCCUCGCGCUCCUCCUCCUCCUCCUCAUCCUCAUCCUCGUCCUCCUCCUCGUCCGGCAUCCAGUACCAGGCGGUGCCGCAGCUGCAGCCCAGCGGCGCUCAGGCCAUCCAGGUGCAGCCUAACCAGAUCCAGAUCAUCCCGGGCACCGGCCAGGCCAUCCUCACGCCCUCCUCCUCCUCCUCCUCCUCCUCCUCCUCCUCCUCGCACAAGCCCGUGCCCAUCAAGCCGGCCCCGGCGCAGAAGGCGGCGGGCGGCGUGGUCAAGCUGCCCGCGGGCGCCAACGUCACCCUGAGCCUGCCCCCGGCCCUGGUGGGCCCCGAGGCGGGCGGGCAGCCCCAGCUGCUCACGGACAGCCCCUCCAAGGGCGGCAAGAAGCCGCGGAAGAAGGCGCCGUCCCCGGGGCAGCCCGCGGCCGUGGCCGUGGCCGAGCAGGUGGAGACGGUGCUGAUCGAGACCACGGCCGAGAACAUCAUCCAGGCGGGCGGCAACCUGCUGAUCGUGCAGGGCCCGGCCGCGGGGCAGCCCGCCGUGCUGCAGCAGCUGCAGGUGGUGCAGCCCAAGCAGGAGCCGCAGGUGGUGCAGAUCCCGCAGCAGGCGCUGCGCGUGGUGCAGGCGGCCUCGGCCACGCUGCCCACCGUGCCCCAGAAACCCUCGCAGAACUUCCAGAUCCAGGCGGCCGAGCCCACCCCCACGCAGGUUUACUUCAAGACCCCCUCUGGGGAGCUGCAGUCGGUGCUGCUGCAGGAGGCCUCGUCCAUCCCGGUGCCGCCGGGCGGUUCCUGCGGCAGCCCCGGCACCGGCACCGGUACCGCCCGCAGGCCGGCCCCGCGCAAGGAGCGGCCGCUGCCCAAGAUCGCCCCGGCCGGGGGCAUCCUGAGCCUGAGCGCGGCACAGCUGGCGGCAGCUGCACAGGCCAUGCAGACCAUCAACAUCAACGGCGUGCAGGUGCAGGGCGUGCCCGUCACCAUCACCAGCAGCGCAGGCCAGCAGCAGCUGACGGUGCAGAACGUGUCCGGCAGCAACGUGACCAUCAGCGGGCUGAGCCCCACGCAGAUCCAGCUGCAGAUGGAGCAGGCGCUGUCCGGGGACGUGCAGCCCGGGGAGAAGAGGAGGAGGAUGGCCUGCACCUGCCCCAACUGCAAGGACGGCGACAAGCGGCCGGGCGAGGGCGGCAAGAAGAAGCACAUCUGCCACAUCCCCGAGUGCGGGCGCACGUUCCGCAAGACGUCGCUGCUGCGGGCGCACGUGCGGCUGCACACGGGCGAGCGGCCCUUCGUGUGCAACUGGGUGUUCUGCGGCAAGCGCUUCACGCGCUCCGACGAGCUGCAGCGGCACGCGCGCACCCACACAGGUGACAAGCGCUUCGAGUGCGCGCAGUGCCAGAAACGCUUCAUGCGCUCCGACCACCUGACCAAGCACUACAAGACGCACCUGGUCACCAAGAACCUGUAG